AAGAGUGUUUUUAACAAAAGAUCAGUUUGAUAAUAGGUAUAUCAAACAUGCUUUUCUUUACAUGCUCACUGUGGUGAAAUAGUGAGGAGAGGAUUGCCUUUUUCUAGAAUUACAGAAACUCUGCAAAUAAGUGGAUCUGCCUUUCUUUUUGGAUGCUGAGCUAAAGAACGUCAUCAUGGGCCAGCAGCUCUCAAGCCAGACACACUCUGCUAUUAAUAAGCUGCCAGAAAAAGUAGUCAAACAUGUAUCCCUGGUUCGAGAAAGUGGUUUCUUGACAUAUGAAGAAUUUUUGGGGAGGGUAGCUGAAAUGAAUGACACAACUGCCAAGUUGGGUUCUGGCCAGGACAAGCACCUGUUAUUUGAAGUACAGCCAGGUUCAGAUUCCACUGCUCUCUGGAAGGUAGCUGUUCGAGUAGUGUGUACUAAGAUAAACAAGACAAGUGGUGUUGUCGAAGCAUCAAGAAUCAUGAACUUAUAUCAGUUCAUGCAGCUUUAUAAAGAUGUCACGAGUCAAGCAGCAAGUGUUCUUUCGCAGAACAUUGCCUCAGAAGGAGCUGCCGAGGAUCUGUCAUCUGUUGCAUCUUGUCAGGCCAGCAUUUUGAUGGGAAGGGUGAAACAGCUGACUGAUGAGGAAGAAUGUUGCAUCUGCAUGGAUGGACGGGCUGAUCUGAUCUUGCCAUGUGCUCACAGCUUUUGUCAGAAAUGCAUUGAUAAAUGGAGUGGUCACCACAGGAAUUGCCCUAUAUGUCGUCUGCAGGUGACUGCAGCCAAUGAUUCUUGGGUGGUAUCAGAUGCACCAACAGAAGAAGAUAUUGCUACCUACAUACUCAACAUGGUAGAUGAGGCAGGCCAGCCUCACAGACCCUGACAGGAACAAAGCCCAUUGCCUUGAAAUCUUAAAAGAUUUCAUUUAUUGUUUCAUUUCCUCAUUGUAUUGCUUUCUAUAAAAGUCGUAGGUCUUUAAAAGUGACCAUUUGUCUAUGAGCCAGUUGUACACGUUUAUAUUUUUAAAUGCUCAUCAAUAAUUUCUCUGCACGUAGCACCUGCAGAAGGAUAAGUUAAAGAGUUUUCUGACUUUCUAUGAGACACUGGAAUAGCUAAUAUUUGAGUUCUAGUAUAAGCUCUUCUGUGAUCAUUUGUUGAAGCUGAAUUUCAAUAUAGAUGGUCCAGAAGAAUGUGGGAAGUUGCUGAGGGCCUGUUGUUCUAACCCUCAGAAGCAAUCCUUCUUUAUGCAAGUAUGUGUGUAUGCUCAUGCCUGCCUGCUUACAUGAAUAGGAAUUUGUCCCACAUUUACAUUUCAGUAACAUCUACUGGCCCCUUGUGGCUUGCUUAGUAUUGACAAAUGCUUCCUUAAAUCACCACUAAUUGUAGCAUGUUGUUUUGAGACAAAAUUUUCUGAUGGCACACAAUUUUGAUAAAACGGCUUUUGCAUUCUUGUUCAGGGAGAAUGAGUUGUCUAGUCAACUUCAAAAAACUUCCCAGGUUCACCAAGUCAGAGCUGCUUGCAUUCAGGAAUAAAUGUGUUCAUACCUUUGCUGACCACAGACGACCCAAAGUUUCUGAUCAUGCAACGUAGCAUCUAGCUUUCAAGCUUUUCUAGACUUCCAUUGUUAAAUCACCAUUAUAACCGUAAAAAAAAGAUGGUGAUCUGAGGUAAAUAGAUGGUGCUAGACUCCUUUCUACAGGUGCAAUAUGCUUUACUGUAACAAAGGAAUGUGUUCUUUGACCACAAUUGCUUUGCUUUAAUGUCUUAUGGAAUCGGUAACCCUGAAGCCUGUACUACUUGUUCUCAGGAGUAUUGGUACCAGGACUGGAUCCAGGUUUAAGGGUGGCACUCAGCAGAUUAUCUUCUUUUGGGCCCUCAGAUUACUUUGUUAGUGGCAGAUGGCUGCAAGCAACCAUUUUACAUUUCUAACAGCAUCCUGGAGGAACUCUGUAUGGAGGCAUUAUGGAAAAUGACAACUUAGAGGAGGGAUGGGGAACCUUUCUAGCCUUGUGGUCCAGGUUGUUAACACCCCCACCUUGUGCAGGAGUUUGGCAGGUGGCCAGUGGCUAGAGAUGCACACCUGUCAGUUGUCUAAUGUCACGAUGUCUAGUGACAUUUUUGCCCAUAGGGGUCUACAGAAGCCUCCUUCAAAGAACAGGGCAAGAUAAGACUUGGAGUUGAGCUUCUGAAAAUGUUCACAGAAGCCACUCUCAAAUGCUGUCUUGCCCUGCACUUUGAAAGGGGUUUUGCAGGCAGCAUGAUUGGCAAUGUCUGCAAAUACCCUUUUGGCCAAGCUCUACCCUUACCUGCUGCACAUCCGGGAUUGCUGGAAAUGUGUGAAUUGUAACACUGCUGUUUGAGAUUAUGCUAAAGUUUUGCGGAUACUUCAAGUUACUUGCAGGUUUAAAAUACUGGUUAAAGACUUGUAGAAUAUAUCUGAACUUUGCAUUACAGAAGAUGACAGAUAUUUCUGGCUUGUUUAAAGCCAUAAAGUUCAAUCUAGACAAUUACAAUAUGGCUCAAGUUGUUUCCCCCAUCUAUAAUGACUUGCCAAAAUCAGAAAUUAGACAGCAAAUUAGACUACUGAAUUCAGUGACAUCUUUGACUUUGAACUCCAGUGUUAGGUUGUAAUCCUGAUAUAAUUUUCUUGGAAAUGGUUCUCACUGCUAAUUGAUGAACUUCAAUGUGUUUAACAUCAUAGUGAACAGUGAAGGGUUUGGGGAUUUUUUUGUUGAUUGUAAAAGUGAUCAUGUUAAUUUUCCCCCACCCUUGUCCAAAGUAUUAGGAAUUGGCAGAAGUGCCUAAUGUUUUAACAGCAAGCGUUUUAAACCUAGUAAGCUCUUAAGUCUUCCUUCUUUAGUGAAGAUUAUCUUAUCUGUUGUUAAUAUGACUUAUACUUUGAUUUUUAAAUGUUAGGGUAAUAUUCAAUGCUAGUCCUACUCAGAGUAGAUGCAGUGAAGUUAAUGGACAUAGCUAACUUAGGUUCAUUAUAUUCAGUGAGUGUACUUGAAGUAGGACUAAUUUGAAUAGAGUUCAUUGAGUCCUUGAUAAAGCCCUGCAUACCAGACUUAAGCAGCUUGAAAUUGGCCCGGUUUGCAUGUCACAAUAAGUUGACAUUUUAAUUGUGAACUUGCCUGCCCCCUUCCAUGAGCAGUAAGCCAGAAAUAAAGGUUUGUUGUGACUUGCUGUGUGUGUAGCAAAACGUAUCAACAUUUCUACCACAUAAGCCAUAGAAUGGAUUGUUCAAACAAGGUGGGAAGAGAAGGCAUGGUAGAAGUGGAGGUGUGUUAAUGAUUAAACUUACAAAAA